UGAAAGUUGAGUGAAUGUUGACAUUGUUGAUGUAGUUGUUAUUAUGAGUGCCAUUCGUCGAGCUCUAAAGAAACACUUCGGAUUCGACCAGUUUCGGUCACAGCAGCAGGAGGAUGUCGUGAAAGCAGUGUUGAAGGGUGACAGGGAUGUUUUUGUGUGCAUGCCCACUGGUGCAGGGAAGUCUCUGUGCUAUCAGCUCCCUGCAGUUCUGGCCAAUGGCAUCACAUUGGUCAUUUCUCCACUGAUCGCUCUCAUCCAGGAUCAAGUGGAGCACCUCAAAGCUCUAAAUGUUCCAGCGCGUUCCAUCAACUCCAAACUCCCCUCCGCUGAGCGCCAUCAGAUCCUGGCAGACCUGGAGAGUGAGAGUCCUCGACUCAAACUGCUCUACAUCACUCCUGAGAUGGUGGCGUCUCCAUCGUUUCAGCCCUGCCUGAACUCGCUGUCUUCUCGUGGUCUCCUGGCGUAUCUGGCGGUGGAUGAAGCUCACUGUGUGUCUCAGUGGGGUCAUGACUUCAGACCCGAUUAUCUGAAGCUUGGCGAGCUCCGCUCUCGUCUGCAUGGUGUUCCCUGCAUCGCGUUAACUGCAACGGCUCCCAAGAGGGUGCAGGAAGACAUCGGAUGCUCGCUGAAACUGAGAUCACCACUCGUCUUCACCAUGCCCGUUUUCCGUAAAAACUUGAGUUAUGAUGUGAUCUUCCGUGAUCUGUUGCCUGAUCCUUAUGUCCACUUGCUUGCAUUUGCUAAAGAGGCACUGGGAGGAACUUCGGCAGAAAAGGGAUGUGGGAUUGUUUACUGUCGAACCAGAGAGGGUUGUGAAGAAGUGGCACAUAAGUUGACUAAAUUAGGAAUUGUGUCCAAGCCCUACCACGCAGGUCUAAAGGUGGGCGAUCGCAUAGAGAAUCAGGCUGAUUGGAUGGCUGGUAAAGUGCCUGUUAUUGUGGCCACCAUCAGUUUUGGUAUGGGAGUGGACAAGGCCAAUGUCAGGUUUGUAGUUCACUGGAAUGUGGCGAAGUCAUUGGCGAGUUAUUAUCAAGAGUCCGGGAGAGCUGGCCGUGAUGGACUGCCUUCCUCAUGCAGGAUUUACUACUCACCCAAAGACAGAGACCAACUCGGCUUCCUCAUCCGCAAAGAGAUCACACGCAAACAGGAAAAGCGGGGAUCGGAAAAAGAACGGGAUAAAGCGCCCAUCCUGGACUUUGAUGCCAUGAUUGCUUUUUGUGAACAAGAAGGGUGCAGACACGCCACCAUCUCGCAGUUUUUUGGUGAUCAGAAACCCAACUGUGCUGGUGCGUGUGACUACUGUCGCAACCCUAAACUUGUCUGUGCUCAGCUGGCAAGAGCGGCUGCUCUCAGCACCAGAACCGGCCCAGACCAGAGCGCAAAGCCCAGGGGACCGUUCGGCUUUGAUCCUGGACUCUACGCGGGAGGCAAGAAGGGUUACGGGUUCGAGAGAUAUGAUGAGGAAGGCGGCGAUAGCGAGGAAGAUGAGUCAGGGAAUAGGAAGAAAGAGUUUGGAAAUCUCUUUAAGAAGCAGAUGAGCCUGAGAAAGGGUUCCGAUGUGGCAAAAGACACGUUUGUUCCACCAGAUGUUGACUGUCCGUUGAAGGAUGCCAGCAGUCAGAGAAUCCCAAGACUUACAGUGAAGAGCAGAGAGCACUGCCUGUCUCUUCUCCAGGAGUGUCUGACCAGCUCUGACACACUCUAUCAGGCUGUGGAAAUAGAGCAUGAGAUCUUCAGAGGCAGUAAAUCAGCAAACCUCUACAAGGCUGCAGUUCUCAAGAGAGUGUCAGAGAUGAAGAAGGUUAUGACUGGAAAUGUUGCGUUCUCCAGUGACUUUCACGAAAGUCAAAAUACAGCUAACGAAGAGCCAGCACCCUCCACUUCUUCAUCUCAAUCUGAACAUCUGCAGGGCUUCACUUUAGCCUCACAAGUCUACUCGCUGAAAAGAAAGCGAGUAGGUGCAGGAUUCCGUGGUUCAUCCAGCCUGUUUCAGACAGCAGGAGAUUUUCUGAAGAACUCUCAGAUAGAGUCUCUUACUGUGGAUAAAAUGCCUGAAGACCCCAUCUGUGAGGACGAGGAGGAAACAGAAGGAAAACCUAAGAUGAACAGCAGUAAAAUAACAUCUUCCACCUCAUCUUCUGUCAAAGCCAAGAGCAGCACAACUUCCUCCCUGAGCAGCCCAAGCAAAAGACUCACCAAGAAACAGCAAAAACUAGCAGAAGCAGCCAAAGACAUACGCUGUAUAUCGCAGUAUUUUGGAAAAAAGCACAUAGAGAGCUCCCAAAUAAAAGAAGGAAGUGUUCUACCAGAGCCAAAGGAAGAAAGCCCUGUUGUAGUCACAUCUCAGGAUCACUCACCUUCAUCUAAUGUCAAUGACUUUACUGCGAUGAAUAGCAACUUUAUAGAUGCUGAAAGCACUUCAGAGAAUGCUGGUCUUAUGGAGAAAACUGAUGUGAAUGUAAGACCCCCUGCCGAAGUGACGCCCAAGCUGGACGAGAUGGGGCUAAUACCAGAGGUCACUGCAGAUCAAGAGCUUGAGGGUGAGGAGCAGAAGUAUAACGGCCAACAAAGUCCACCGGAACAAUCAUUUGAGGAAAGAGCUGACGACAAAACGCCAUCUCCUCCUGCAAAACGCAGCCGCUUGCUGAAGGAAAUCAAGAGAGUAACAUUUUACCCUGUGGUGCAAGAGGCGCAGUUUGACACAAUGAAUGGAGAUGCUGCUGAGAUUUCCCAAAAGCCUGUGACACUUAAGGAAGCUGCAGAUAUUGUGGUCCACUGUCUGGAUCCAUUCUACAAAAAGGGCAAAUUUGCAACUAAGGAUUUGUUCAAAUCCUUUGCCCGUUUCCUCUCCCAUCUUCUUACUGAAGGAAAAACGUCAUACCGAGGCAAAGUGAAAAUGCAAGCAAAAAGCCUCAUCAAGUGUUUCUUCAGUAAGAUACAAUGCUGUGAGAGUGAGUCGGACUGGAGACACUUGAAAGUCGGGGACAGAUAGAAAUUUGUCUGGUUUUUUUUAUCUCUUCAACAAAACCUCUGGAAAUCCCUUCAUUGUCAGGAAAACUGUAUGUUUAGCAACUUGCUGCUGUAUAUCUCAGUUGUAUCGAGGGAUUGAUUCAAGUAUAAUUUGCACAUUAAUGUGAACUGCUAAAGGAUGCUGAUUUCUUUUUGGAUGCUGAAGUCUGUACAAGCUAUGGGCCGCAAUAACUGUUAUGUAGCAUUAGUAGCUGAUAAUGCACUUAGAGUAGAUUGAACUGUACUACAUUAAAGGGCAAAUGAGCGCAAAUGGAAAAUGACGAAGUAUUUUACAAUGAGUCAUUUAAAGGAAUAGUUCACACCAAAAUGAUCAUUAUGUCAUUAUUAUUUACUUAUCUUUGCACAGCUCUUUUCCAUACAAAGACUAUAAUUUCAUUUUGGUCUGUUCAAAGUUAUUAUGUGGGAAUAUAGUACUCAAGUCGAAUGACUUUUAUUAGGUUUAUUUAUUUUUUAGAGCUUUUCAGACAUGGUCACUAUAAACCAUAUAUUGAAAAAAGCUCCCUGAGAAUUUUUCAGUAUUUGGGCAGUUCUGAAAUUCAUUCAGAUUUGGAAAGACAUGAGGUGAGUAAAUGAUGACAUCAUUCACCAUGUUUACUUCAAUUUGUAAAAUUUCUCAGGUGUCUCUUCAUUUUUUGUAUUUGUCUUUGUCUCGCUUUUCAGUUUCAUGAAAGCAAAAAAAAACUAUUUUUUUUGUCUCUCUUCAUUAAAACUGCUUUGCGCUAUUAUUAGGCACUUUUGAAAUUACAUCUUAAACAUGUGAUCGUCUCCCAGCGGGAAACCUGCUUGAAAUAAACAAGUUUAACGCUUCACUGUGCCCACAGUCAUUGCUGAAUGAAGAGCCCUAAUUAUCCCUGUUCACAGCCCUCAGAUUCCCGAGCAAACGUGAUUAUUGUGUGCGCUGGUGCCUCUUAGUGGAGGAGGAGAGAAAGUAUGAUGACCAAAGACUUGCACGGUGACCGACCAAUGGCAGUGGUCUGAAUCAUGCAUAUUAAUAGACUAUGGUGACGUGAUUUGGUAGUCUAGCCAAUGGCAAUGUCUUUGCUUAUGUAUAAUACAUAUGCUAAUUUUAAUCAAACAG